AUGGACGAAUUUGAAGAUGGAGCAGCUCCUCCUGAUCAGGACCUGCUUCAAUGCAACAUUUGUAAUAGAAGCUUUUUACCUAAAGUUCUGGAAAAGCAUAUAAAACUUUGUCAAAAACAGGCUGCCAAGCGGAGGAAGGUUUUUGACUCAAGCAGACAGAGAGCUGAAGGCACAGACAUUUCCACACUCAAACCCCUGAAACCAAAGUCACAAAGUUCAUCUUCAUCUGUAAAAGCAGAGCCGCCUAAAAAGCCUAACAACUGGCGCAGGAAACAUGAGGACUUCAUUGCUGCGAUCCGGGCUGCGCGAUCUGUCACUCGGGGCGUGAAAGACGGUGCUCCUUUACCUCCUCCUCCUCCUCCAAGUUAUGACCCAGACUACGUCCAAUGCCCUUACUGUCAGCGGAGGUUCAAUGAGAAUGCAGCUGAUCGACACAUUAAGUUUUGUCAGGAGCAGGCCGCCCGAAUGGGGAAUAAAACCAAGGUAGAAGUCAAGAAACCCCCGACUCGAACACCGCUCAAGCCCCCUGCUUCUAAAAAGACCACUCCAGCUCCUGUAUCCGCCACUCCCCCUGCGUCCUCUCGUUUACCACAGAGGGCAGGUUCAGGGCAGUCCAUAGGGAUGGCUGGUAGGACGCCUCCAGUUGGUGUAGUGAAAAGUAGUCCUUCGGGACUGACAAGCCCACCCUCCGGGGUGGGAAUGAAGUCCAGAGUCACAAGUUCUGGGUAUGGUUCUGUUAGAAAUGCACCUGGAGGUGGGGUCAACAAAAAGAAAGUGGACUCCUAUUCAUCAUGGAAUGAUAUUGAUGGUAGUAACAAUGUUGAAAAUGGAGUAAAGAGCAAGUUCUGUCAUGAUUGUGGAGCGAAGUAUCCGGUGGAAACGGCCAAAUUCUGCUGUGAUUGUGGAGUCCGAAGGAUGUGUAUCUGA